AUGAAAUUAGAAAGACCUCAUUUAAUUUGGCACGGAAAAUAUUAAAGAAUUCUAACUUUAGACAUCCAUCCUUUUAUAAAUUUAUUAGUUACAGGAGGUUCUGACGACGAAGUUUAUGAAGGAGAAGAUUUAGAAUUAGAAGAAGAAAUAGGAUUUAUAAAGUAUUCCAAAACUAAUUAUUUUAUUUUAUAUUUAAAAAAAAAAAAAAAAAAAAUAGAGCCGCCUGUAACAUUUAUAAGGGCUUUAAAAAAACAUUCUAACCCUGUAAAUUGUCUAAGAUUUUCUCCAAACGGAUAAUAUAUGGCAUCUGGAUCAGAUGAUCAUAAAAUUGUAAUCUGGAAAAUUGAAAGAAGCUUCUAAAAUAUAUGUAGUAGUUAAAAAAUAUUUAAUUUAGUAGCCGUCCAUAUAUUAGAAGGUCAUAAUAAAGAAGUUUGCGAUUUAAGAUGGUUUUCUGACAAUAUACAUUUAAUAUCCGGUGGAAUGGAUUAAAGAGCUUAUAUUUGGGAUACAAAAUAAGGCGUAAUAAAAUAAACAAUAAUUGGUGGACACAAAAGUUACAUAUAAGGUGUAGCAGUAGACCCUAAAAUGAAAUAUUGUGUUACUUUAGGUAACGAUAGAUAAGCGAAAGUAUGGCGAAAAUUGAAAGCAACAAACAAGAAGAAAAAUAUAUUCGAAUAUAUCCCUUCAAACACUAUAAAAAGAUUGCCUUUUUAAGACACAAAUGAGCUAAUUCCUUCUGAGGAAGAAGAGGAAAAUUAAUCAAACGGAAAUUAGGUUGAAGCUUAAAAUAAUUAAUAUUUGUCAUAUGGUCUUUUCCUUUCGGAAAGAUAAUUAAAUAGUUUUUUUAAAAGACCAGAUUGGAGUCCUGAUGGGUCUUUUUUUUUAAUUCCGGCGGCAUUUUAUUAGGAAAAAAGAGAUUCAAAAAUUGAAAUGUGUGUGUAUUUAUAUAGGAGAAAUGUUCUUAAUAAGCCGUCUCUUAUACUUUCUACGAAUAAUAAACCAGCUAUAUGUAUUAGGUUCUGUUAGAAAAUUUUCUAAAAAAAAGAAGGGGCGUUUAGUAUUGUGGAUAUUCCAUAUACUAUUGUAUUCGCCAUUAGUACAAUUGAUAGUGUUAUUGUUUAUUCGACAGAAUCUCUUACUCCUUUAGCAGUAGCGGGGAAUAUACAUUAUGCCAUUAUUAAUGAUAUGGUAUUCUUUUAAAAUUAGUCUUUGAUAAUAUGUAGUUCGGAUGGACUCUGUUCAUUUAUUUUCUUUGAAGAAGGGGAAUUAGGGGAACCUUUGAAUAGUUUAGAAGUGGAUUAAGAACUUUAAUAAAUUUUAUUUUAAGAAAGUUUUUAUCCUAUUGAUUUAUUAAAGUCAGUUGUUUAUCCGAAAAAAACUUAAGAAUUUAUUAGAAAUAUCAUAAAUAAUUAAAAAAGUUUGGUAUAAUCAAAGGACAUAAAGAGUUUGGAAAAAAAUAAUUAAGAAGAAGAUGCUGAAUAUGUUGUUGAGAAAUUCAAUAUGGAUAUUUUAAAUGAUGAAGUUCAGAUUAAUACGAAGCCUUAAGAAAUUAAAUAUAAAGUUAAUGAAGCGGGAGAAUAGAAAAAAGUUAUUGUGCCUAAAAUUAUUAAAAAAUAUUGA